UUUCAGAAUGGUGACUUACUCUUACCAGACAGGUGUCUGGGCCGCCGCCGAAGCGACAGUGAUCGCCUCCACAGGAGAAUACAUUCCUAUCGCCACAUCUAUGUUCAUUAAGUCUUCCAUGCUUCGAUUUCUUCCACAGUGCUCCUCUCCCUUGAGCUUCCUUCGAGCCCUUCAAAAACGAAUCAGCCACUAUAACAACCUUUUCAACCGUAACCACUUCAUUAUUAGACAUACACCUAUUUUGAACUUGCCAGAUACUCCAGCAACCCCAGAAACAUUUGCAACAAUCCACCUUUCGUUUCCCAAACCCCCACGGCCAGCAGGCAUGAAAUAAACAGACGGGGAAUUGACUUCAUUCCAACCUGACACUUGGAAGAUUUCUGGUAUACAACUGCCAAAAUAGAGUCUUCACCUUGGGUCCACUCCACUCAAGUAUUCAGAGUAAUCUAUAAUAGCUUCUCCUCCCAUGCCCAUAUAAUUUUGUCCUCCGACUUAUAGGAUUGAUGUGAUAAAAGUCUAUACCAAUGUGCUGGAAAAAUAUGGCAACGUCUAAAAUAAAAAGAGAUCUUUGUGCUUCCAUCAUCGG